UGCUCAAGAGCUGUGAUGUGAUGGCAGCUGCCAGCGUGAGCCGACCUGGCAGCGUCCAGACCACCGAGAAGUCCCAGCUCACCCUGAAAGUGGUGUCAGCCAAGCCGCAGUCUCCCAAGCUGCCGAACCGCCACUCCCGGCUGAGCUCCUUCGUCGAGGUGACGGCCGACGGUCUGACCAGCGAAACCAAAAAGACGGGCAAACGCAGCGGACACCUGGAGCUGCAGUGGAACGAAGACCUGACCCUUAACGUGACGCCUCAGAGUCGCCUGGAUCUGAAGCUGUGGAGCUGCCACACUCUGAGGAAGGAGCUCCUGGGCAGCGCCACCAUCGACCUGCUGGACACGCUGAGGACCCACGAUGGCAAGAUGGAGAACGUCCAGCUGAGUCUGGUGCUGCAGACGGAGAACAAAGGCUCGGUUGUGGCGGGAGGAGAGCUCAACGUCUGUCUGGACGGCAUGGUUGUUGACCUGGGCUCGCUGCCCAAUGGCGGCGCGGCAGCCGACAAGAUUCUUCAGUCGGACCGACCGAACCUGAGGAGGACGCAGAGUGAGGAGACUCCCGGUACAGCAGCGUCGCACAGCAGGAGCAACAGACACUCGGUGGGAGGUUCGCAGGGCGAGUCUCCGGGCGGCUCCAGAGGAAGCUCCCUGACCAACGGGGAGCUGCCCGAGGAGCAGAGCCCCGGGCCGGGAUCAUCGGGCCGCCGCCGGUCCUCCAAGAGCCACAGCAGCCCAGGAAACAGCGCAGAUAAAGUGGAGCUGACGUCCAACGGGCUGGAGAGUCGCAGCAGCGUCGCCCGCCACACGCCUCCUCCGUCCUCCCCGUCGGGUCGGUCUCCGGCCGCCAGCAGCAGCGGCAGCAGCCCGUCUCCGGGUCAGGACGCCCUGGGCCCGGCCGCCCCGGCAGAACCAAGCCCCAGCGCCACCGCCGGCACCGAGCCGGCCGGGAACAGCGGCACGGAGUCCAACACAGACUCGCUCCCGGCUGGCUGGGAGCAGAGGGUGUUGCCUCAUGGCAGAGUUUACUACGUCGACCACAACACCAAAACCACCACCUGGGAGAGACCGCUGCCUCCAGGCUGGGAGAAGCGAGUGGACCAGAGGGGGAGGUUCUACUACGUGGACCACAACACCAGAACCACCACAUGGCAGCGACCCACGGCCGAGUCGGUCCGCAACUACCAGCAGUGGCAGAGCCAGCGCAGCCAGCUGCAGGGCGCCAUGCACCAGUUCAGCCAGCGCUUCCUCUACCAGCCGUCCGGAGCGCCGGUGGAAAAUGACCCGCUGGGCCCGCUGCCUCCCGGAUGGGAGAAGCGGCAGGACAACGGCAGGGUGUACUUCGUCAACCACAACACCAGGACGACCCAGUGGGACGACCCGCGGACCCAAGGGAUGAUCAAGGAGCACCCCCUGCCCCCGGGCUGGGAGAUGAAGUACACCGCCGAGGGAGUCCGAUAUUUUGUGGACCACAACUCGCGCACCACCACCUUUAAAGACCCCCGACCCGGGUUUGAGUCAGGGUCUCGGCAGGGCGGAUCACCCGGCGCCUACGAUCGCAGCUUCAGGUGGAAAUACCACCAGUUCCGCUUCCUGUGCCAUUCCAACGCCUUGCCGAGCCACGUGAAGAUCUCCGUGUCCAGACAGACGCUGUUUGAAGACUCGUUCCAGCAGAUCAUGAAUGUGAAGCCAUACGAUCUCCGCCGCCGCCUCUACAUCAUCAUGAGAGGAGAGGAAGGGCUGGACUACGGCGGCAUCGCCAGGGAGUGGUUCUUCCUGCUGUCCCACGAGGUCCUCAACCCCAUGUACUGCCUCUUCGAGUACGCCGGCAAGAACAACUACUGUCUGCAGAUCAACCCGGCGUCCUCCAUCAACCCCGACCACCUCACCUACUUCCGCUUCAUCGGACGCUUCAUCGCCAUGGCGCUGUACCACGGGAAGUUCAUCGACACCGGCUUCACGCUGCCCUUCUACAAGCGGAUGCUGGACAAGAAGCCGACCCUGAAGGACCUGGAGUCCAUCGAUCCGGAGUUCUAUAACUCCAUCAUGUGGGUCAAAGAGAACAACCUGGAGGAGUGCGGCGUGGAGCUCUACUUUGCUCAGGACAUGGAGAUCCUGGGGAAGGUCUCCACCCACCAGCUGAAGGACGACGGGGAGAACGAGCUGGUGACGGAGGAGAACAAGGAGGAGUACAUCAGCCUGCUGACCGACUGGAGGUUCACCCGCGGGGUGGAGGAGCAGACCAAGGCCUUCCUGGACGGCUUCAACGAGGUGGUUCCUCUGGAGUGGCUCAGAUACUUCGACGAGAAGGAGCUGGAGCUGAUGCUCUGCGGGAUGCAAGAGAUCGACCUGGCCGACUGGCAGAAGAACACCAUCUACAGACACUACACCAAGAACAGCAAACAGAUCCACUGGUUCUGGCAGGUGGGACACACACACACACACACCUUCAACCGGCUGGACCUGCCGCCCUACAGGAGCCUGGAGCAGCUCAGAGAGAAGCUGCUGUUCGCCAUCGAGGAGACGGAGGGCUUCGGCCAGGAGUGA